UAGCGGGACCCACAGUAAGUCUCUGUUCUUAUCUCAUCUCCCAGCAGUCACUGCACCAUCGUCCUUGUUUCAAGGACUAGAAGCUAAUCACGAGCAGAGAGAGAGAGAGAAUAGUCCCCAGUAGAAACGUGUGACGAAACCAACCGCGCCUGAGGACACGUGGCAUAUUUCAGGUGGUGAUUCUUCCUCUCCCUGUCUCUCUCUCUCUCCCCACCACAUCACUUCUUCUUCCUCUUCCUCGCCCCAGUCCUCAGUUACAGUCUCUCUCUCUCGCUCUCUGGUUUUCUCUGGUUGAUCGUGUGGAGUGGAGUGGAGUUCACGGCACAUGAAGGCCUAUUCUGGAGCUAGAAUGGGCUGCAAUGUGAUUCUUGGGCGCAAUUCGUGAGGCUAGUUGAUAAUCAGCUUCAUUUGUUUGAUGAUGGGGGGUAUUUGCUCGAGAAAGAGAGACCAACCGGUCAUUGAAGAAGGCGGUGUUAGUAGAGUAGUGUCUGGAAGAUAUGGUAAAAGUAGCAGUUCAAAAUGGCUAGGAACUUCGUCUUUUCGUUCCACUGUAGAACAGUCUCCAGGAGUAGCAGGCAUUUGCCCAUCUCUCUUGGAAUUAUGCAUUUCCAAAAUAUGCCGGGACAUUGACAAAUACAGUUCGCUUUCCCUGCUGCCUAGGGAUGUGAGUCAGCAAAUCUUUAAUGAAUUGGUCUCUUCCCAAUCUCUCACUCAUGAUUCUCUCCAGGCUUUUAGAGAUUGUGCUCUUGAGGAUGUUUGUUUGGGCGAAUACCCUUCUGUGAAUGAUAAUUGGAUGGAUGCCAUCUGUUCACAAGGUUCAUCUCUACUAUCUGUUGAUCUCUCUGGUUCCGAGGUGACAGAUGCUGGAUUGGAUCUUCUAAAAGACUGCUCGAACCUCCAAUCAUUAACUUAUAAUUACUGUGACCAUGUUUCAGAACAUGGACUUAAGCACAUCAGUGGUCUUUCAAAUUUGAAAUGCUUGAGUUUUAAAAGGAGCAGUGCAAUUAGUGCUGAAGGGAUGCACGCUUUCUCCAGCCUUCUUAACUUAGAAAAGUUGGACUUGGAGAGGUGUCCAGAGAUUCAUGGUGGCUUUGUUCAUCUUAAAGGUUUGAUGAAACUAAAGUCUCUUAAUGUUAGAUGUUGUAAAUGCGUCACAGAUUCAGAUUUAAAGGCCAUCUCAGGGCUUACAAACCUCAAUGAAUUACAGAUAUCUAACUGCAACAUUACUGAUUCUGGAAUCUCUUAUUUGAAAGGCUUGCAGAAGCUUAAUAUGUUGAACUUAGAGGGAUGCAAUGUUACUUCUGCAUGUUUGGAAUCUAUUUCAGCUCUUGUUGCCCUGGCUUACUUAAAUCUCAACAGAUGCAGUUUAUCUGAUGAAGGAUGUGAUAAGUUUUCUGGCCUUACAAACUUGAAGGUUUUGAGCUUGGGAUUCAACAGUAUCACAGAUGCAUGUUUGGUGCAUCUAAAAGGUUUGACAAAAUUGGAGAGCUUGAACCUGGAUUCUUGUAAGAUAGGUGACGAGGGGCUUGCAAGCUUGGCAGGGUCUGUACUCUUGAAGAAUUUGGAGUUAUCUGAUACUGAAGUUGGAAGCAAUGGGAUUCGUCAUCUCUCAGGGUUAAAGAAUCUGGAGAACUUAAACUUGUCAUUCACCCUGGUAACUGACGGUAGUCUGAAAAAGUUAUCUGGACUGACAUCUCUCAAAUCACUUAAUCUGGAUGCUCGCCAAAUUACUGAUGCUGGACUUGCAGCUAUUACAGGUCUUACAAAAUUGACGCAUCUGGAUCUCUUUGGCGCUCGGAUUUCAGACUCUGGAGCAAACUCUUUAAAACACUUCAAGAACCUUCAAUCUCUUGAAAUAUGUGGUGGAGGAUUGACUGAUGCUGGUGUGAAGAAUCUCAAAGAUCUUGUCUGUCUGACAUGGCUAAAUUUGUCGCAGAACUGCAACUUGACUGAUAAAUCCUUGGAAGUGAUUUCUGGUUUGACUGCAUUGGUGUCAUUAAACAUUUCAAAUUCACGCAUUACCAAUGAGGGAUUGCAGUAUUUAAAGCCUUUGAAGAAUCUACGUUCCUUAACCUUGGAGUCCAGUAAGGUGACUGCAUCUGAAAUCAGGAAUCUACAGUUUGCUGCCCUCCCUAAUCUUGUAAGCUUUCGACCAGAAUAGAUUGAAGGCUCAAAGCUUUGUUAAAAAAGGAUGCUGUUUUGUCUAGAGCUUGGACAGCUUCUUGUACAGGUUAAUAAUUGCACAUGGGAAUAUAAAUGGGCCAGAAUUUCUGGGUGGGAAAAUCAAAAUUGAUUAUUGUACAUAUGGCCUAUGUUUGUUUUCCGAGCUCUUUAGCACAAUUGUAUAUUUAAGUAAUGUUUUAUGUUUAUGAAAAACAGAUUGCGCUUGCAGCACAAAGAUGUUGGGAAAUUUUAUAGUGCAGUGAUGCUUCA